CUUCUUUCUCUCUAAAGAAGGAAAGGAAGAGUAGAAGAAGAAAAGAUGAGCAAAUCCCCAAUAUUCCCAAUGCCGGAGCCCCAGCAUUACAGCGACUACGGCUUCGAUCCCCAGAUCGGCUACUUCCAGGUGUUAGAGGAGGCACGGAAGCACGGCAAGAGGAGCGAGGCGCGGUCGCUGGACGCGCUCCACUUCAAGCUCCAGAAGCCCAUCUCCAAGGACGAGGCCAAGUCCCGCAAGAAGCGCCGCUGGUGGUGGAAAUCCGCCCUCUUCUUCUGGAAGCGCGCCAAGGCCGGUGAAGACGAUGACGUUGGGUCCGGUUACCGCCGUCCGAAGAGCUACUUCUCUCCUUACCGGGAGGUAUCCGGACCGGUGUACGCGACGGAGAGCGCGGGGUCGAGCACGCCGUGCCGCACCAGCCGGCCCAGCUCUGGGCCGCUGGCUGCGGCGGAGGUCGGGGCGGCGGGGAUCCCGUAUCUCAGUCUCCGGGAUCUUAACGUCGUUGACGGCCACCGGUUCUCCGCCUCCGCCGCCGCCCCGACGCCGAUGCCCAUCUACCUCGUUACCUGAGUGCCGGCACCGUUCGAUCUCUCUCUCUCUCUCUCUCUCUCUCUCUCUCUCUGGUUUUUCCUUUUUUAUCUGUUUUUCUGUUUUUUUUGGUGGGUCGUGGCUUGAUAUCCUCAUAAUUGGGGUUUGGUUUUUGUCUAAAAGACCGAAAAGGGAAGCUUUUUUUCGCCACAUUUUUCUGAGUUAUCGAGUUGCUUUCGCUGUGUCUUCUCCCA